AUGUACACAUUUUCAGAACCUCAUUCCAUUCCUACAGAGGUCAUAAUCAGAAUAUACGGGGAACUGCCUCUUCCAGAUGCGCUCCAAUUGGCCGCGACUUGCUGUCGGCUCCGCCAGGUCUUGAUUGACAACACGCCUACGAUCUACAAAAACCUACGCAGAAACGUCCCCUGUGAACGAUAUGCAAGAGUGCUACUGGCGGAUCAAGGUGGUUCACCACCUCAUUCUUCAUCAGUGACUAUUGGGGAUCUGCUACGAUUGCGACGGAACUCUCGUAUCGUGGAGAAAGCGAUCGAGGUGUUUGAUCGUGAUAUUACCCCGAAUAUUCGAAUUCCUCUUACGAGCAUCGAUGACAAGUUCUAUGGUGGAAAACCACGUCCAUUGCACUUGACUCCUACAGAACGUCAUCGUUUCUCUCGGAGCUACUACCAAGUAUGGGAUCUUCUGCUACUAGACCAACCAUCCCGCCACCAACGAUAUCGGACUAUGUUGCUGAAGCACCUGUACAUGAUGUACGAAAUGGUCGAUCUUGACCAGCCAAUCGGGGACGACUCCGAAUAUUUCCCAGCUGACGAGAAACGAUGCGCACUCGCUGAAGAAGUAAGCGACUAUCUUCGAUUUCUUUAUCCUGAUAUACAUGGAGUCGACUACAUCGAUUUCUCUGGGCAAAGCGUGUCUAUGCGAACGCAAGGCCAUGCAGCUAUAUGGGAUCAUUGUCAGCCUGAUUUGAAGAAAAUCGUUUGCUACCAGUGGCGAGAUCCGGAGAAGAAACAGGUCAAAGAGGAAGAGGUAUGGGAGAAUACAACUGAUGAAGAGUGA